AUAAAAUAGAAAACCCACAUUGGUUACGUUAUCCACCCAACUCUCAGAAAACCCCCAUUUCCUCACACGGCUCGUUUCAAUUCGAGCGGAGAAAAAAAGGUUUGUGUAGAUACCAUUUUCACUUCUCUAAUGGGUGGGGGAAAGCAAGGAGUGAUGGUAGUGGAAAUGCCGAAUAGCAGUGGCCAGAACCCAAUAACGCAGUUACAGAACAAGUUCAAGGAAUUGGAGAUUGGGUUCAAGGGCUGGCUAGCCAAGCAGUCGCUUCCGGUUGAAGCUGCUGUGGUGACUGCAACCAGUGGACUACAGGGUGCUGCUAUCGGUGGGUUUAUGGGAACGCUUACACAGGAUGUUUCUUCCUCUUUGCCUACUCCUCCCCCGGCUGCCAAUCUCAAUCCUCAAGCUAUGGCCUCUUUUCAACAAGCCCAGGCUCUUGCAGGAGGUCCAUUAGUUCAGGCCCGUAAUUUUGCUGUCAUGACGGGUGUUAAUGCUGGCAUUUCUUGUGUCUUGAAAAGAAUUAGAGGCAAGGAGGAUGUCCAGUCCAGUAUGGCAGCUGCCUUUGGUUCUGGAGCACUGUUUUCAUUAGUUAGUGGCAUGGGUGGCCCAAAUCCAGUACCCAAUGCUUUGACAUCUGGCAUUUUCUUUGCCCUUGUUCAAGGUGGACUAUUUGAGCUUGGCCGGAAGUUUUCGCAGCCACCUGCUGAAGAUACACAUUAUGCCAGAACCAGAUCAAUGUUGUCAAGCCUUGGCCUGCAAAAUUAUGAAAAGAAUUUCAAGAAAGGGCUGUUGACAGACAACACUUUGCCGUUGCUCACUGAUAGUGCUCUUAGAGAUGUGAGGAUCCCUCCAGGGCCAAGGCUUCUAAUUCUUGAUCAAAUAAAGAGGGAUCCGGAACUCAGAAAGAGACAAGGAUGAACUCACUGCUAUUACAGUUGCAAGUUGCAAAAGAUCAAAUUUUCCUUUGUGGGAAUGAGAUUGUAUUCUGUAUUUUGAGAAAUAGUGACAGUUUUACUAUGCUUUAUAAUGUUGCAAUGAACUGGGCCAUUAUGGAACUUCUUUGAUAUAUAGCUAGCUGCUUUCCAGCAUUAUAUGGUUUGCUA